AUGGCCUUCGAGCUAAUCACUCAGCUGCCAACAAAUAUACUAAAAGCUUGCGUUGGCGCCAAAAGACCAGAUCAGUGUUGCUCUGUCUAUCGAAAGUUCUCGCAAGUCGAAAUUGAAUUUUCUUCAUUUCAAGAUUUCAAGAUGUCUGACGCCCCAACAAAAGGAGGAAAACAGGCCCCAAAGGUUGCCAAGAAGGGGGAGAAGAAAGCAGGGGUUGGCAAGAAAGGAGGCAAGGCUGCCUCUGGAGAUAAGAAGAGGUCGAAAAAGCGCAAGGAGAGCUACUCGAUUUACAUCUACAAGGUACUUAAGCAAGUCCAUCCCGAUACCGGCGUUUCAAGCAAGGCCAUGAGCAUCAUGAACUCGUUUGUCAACGACAUCUUCGAAAGGAUUGCUCAAGAAGCUUCGCGUCUCGCCCACUACAACAAGAAGGCAACGAUCACUUCGAGGGAAAUCCAGACUGCCGUCAGGCUUCUCCUUCCCGGUGAACUUGCCAAGCAUGCUGUCAGUGAGGGCACCAAGGCCGUCACCAAGUACACAAGCAGCAAGUAA